AUGAGUAACUCUUCUACCAACCACGACAACAGGUCAUAUUCACAUGGACUACAUAAUAUUUCGGUCGAACCGGUCGAACAAUUACCUCGGAGCUUAUCGGAAGCAUACAUAUCCUCGUUCGACCACCAAUAUCAAGUCACUGUCUCACAGCCUCACCUUGGCGAGACGUCCAUCAGUAGUAGUGUCAACGACCAGAUACACGGGCUCGAGUCUCUUCCAUUGCCCGAAAAACCCCCAAGCUUCGACGAAUUCACUGCUGCAAGCGAGGCUUUACAAAGAGGGAUUUUUAAUAAGCUAGAGCGAGAGGUAUGGGAUCGCAUCAAUGGUGACACAAAGACCCGGAUUAAGCGGUGGUUGGGCAAAGGUUUCAAGGAAGGAGAUGAAACCUACAAAGACUUCAUCUCUACCUUGUUGAAGAUCUUGCAGUCUGGAGGCGGACAAUUCCAGUACGGCGAUAAGUCCUUGUUUUGUCGUUGUUGUCCUGGAGAAUAUCUACCAAACAAAGUUAGGCAAUGCGAUCGCAUCCUUAUCAUUGUAGCGGGAAAGAGAAAAGUAGGUGAUGUCGUGGGCUGUCAGCAAUGCCGAGACGCAAGAAAGAGUCUCCGUACGAAGGAGCAGGGGGAACAUCAGAUUUCACAAAACCCAGUCACUAAGGAUGACCCUACGCAUCCCCCACAUUCUAGCUCGAAUAGUCUUAGCGGAAUGAUUACCAUCGGCGACGAUCCGGAGCAACCAUCAUCGUAUCAAAGCUGCACAUUCCCGACAAGUUUCAGCCCAAAGACCUGUAAAGAACCCCGGAAAACACCGCGAGAACCCAAACGAGAGAGAGGCUAUAAAAGUCUAGCAACCAGUGCGCCGAUGCCACUUGGGGGUCAAAACUUCAGCUGGAAGCGUUGCGCAGACCGACACUGCCCGAGAGUACUCAUGUUUCGAAGCCACACCGAUGGAGAGACCCAUCCGCUCGCCGACAGAAGCCUUUCGGCAGCAAAACUUGCCUCGAGUGACUUGACGAAAGUCGAUUUGGAGGCCUUCAAUCUGAUCCAACGAGGGCAGAAUUACAGGCUUGGUAAGGCUCGCUUGUAUGAGCGAAGUUCAUUGCGUAGUAUGAGAAGAGCUGGCGGAUACAUUGAGAACGCAUUUGGGAGGUGGAUCGGAGGAGUUUUCGAUGAUCGAUCGUCAUCGCUGGACAGCUUGAACAACGCGCGCUUGUACCGCCAAGUCGCCUUCUCAUGA